GUGAAAUACCCCUGCUAGCCUUGGGCCUCACACAGUCUCUGGGAUCCCCAGGGCUAAUGGGCAUCCUGUUCUUGCAGUGGGACACAGUGACAAAGUCUCUCAAGUUCUUCUGAGUGUCCAGCCAACCCAGGCUCACCAGCUCCCUCCAGCUACUGUCCAUCAGGUCAGCUGCCAACCCCAGCUAUGAGCUCCUGGAGGUGUGACUCCCUCAAGUCCAGCAGCUCAGAGCCCCUCCCAGUGGUUAUCAUCGGCAAUGGUCCCUCGGGUAUCUGCCUGUCUUACCUGUUGUCUGGCCACAUCCCCUACGUAAAACCAGGAGCCGUCCACCCACACCCUCUGCUGCAGAGAAAGCUGGCUGAGGCUCGAGGGAUCUCCAUUCUGGACCAGGACCUGGAGUACCUUUCUGAAGGCCUUGAAGGCCGAAGCCAGAGCCCUGUGGCCCUGCUCUUCGAUGCCCUCUUGCGCCCUGACACAGACUUUGGGGGCAACAUGGACUCUGUGCUCACCUGGAAGUGGCAGAAGGAGCGUGCUGUUCCCCACCUUGUCCUGGGGCGGAACCCCCCAGGUGGUGCCUGGCAUUCUAUCGAAGGCUCCAUGGUGACCUUGAGCCAAGGCCAGUGGAUGAGUCUUCCAGACCUGCUGGUUAAGGACUGGAUGCGGAAGAAAUGCAGAGGUCUCCGGAACAGCAGAGCCACAGCUGGUGACAUCGCCCACUACUACAGGGACUAUGUGACCAAGAAGGGUCUAAGUCACAACUUUGUCUCUGGUGCAGUGGUCACUGCUGUGGAGCAGGCAGAGUCUGAACACAGCAGCCCUGAGGCCCAGGCACCCGGCCCCCUCUUCCAAGUGAACGGCUACUUGAUUGCCAAGGACCACAGCCGCCAGCCCUUCUCACUGUGGGCCCGGAACGUGGUCCUGGCCACAGGCACCUUUGACAGCCCAGCCAUGCUAGGCAUCCCAGGAGAGACCCUGCCCUUCGUCCACCAUGAGCUGUCAGCCUUGGAGGCAGCCCUUCGGGCAGGCACUGUGAACCCAACCUCAGACCCGGUGCUGAUUGUGGGAGCUGGGCUGUCUGCUGCCGACGCUGUCCUUUUUGCUCGCCACUACAAUAUCCAGGUGAUCCAUGCCUUCCGCCGGUCUGUGCAUGACCCCGGCCUGGUAUUCAACCAGCUGCCUAAGAUGCUGUACCCUGAAUACCACAAGGUGCAGCAGAUGAUGCGCGAUCAGUCCAUCUUGUCACCUAGCCCCUAUGAGGGCUACCGCAGCCUCCCGGAGCACCGACCACUGCUCUUCAAGGAGGACCAUCAGGCAGUGUUCCAGGACCCACAGGGGGGCCAGCAGCUCUUUGGAGUCUCCAUGGUGCUGGUUCUCAUCGGCUCCCACCCCAACCUCUCUUACCUCCCCAGGGCUGGUGCUGACUUGGUCAUAGACCCAGACCAGCCAUUGAGCCCCAAGAGGAAUCCCAUCGAUGUGGACCCCUUCACCCACGAGAGCACUCACCAGGAGGGCCUGUAUGCCCUGGGGCCACUGGCUGGGGAUAAUUUUGUGAGGUUCGUCCAAGGUGGGGCCCUGGCUGCUGCCAGCUCCCUGCUGAGGAAGGAGAUCAGGAAGCCACCUUAACACCAGCCAGAAACCCUGACACCCAUGCCCUGAAGAGGAGGAGGAGGAGGAGGAGCUCACCACAGCCAGAUGGGACAUGAGCCCAACUAAAGAGUUCCCAUGCGGGACCAGUCUCCCCGCCAGGAAGUGAAGAAUUGAGCCCUGUGGAUGGACUAUCUGCACAGAGGCACGGGGAACAUAAGCUGCCCUACCCUCAGGCUAGUCAAAGCCCAAGGUGGGAGCAGUAGCCAUAAGGCAGAGGGGCCUAGGCCCCCUUGAAGCUGACAGGUGUGCUGGAAUCCCAGGACCAGCUGAAUGCUCAGCUAGGAGGCUCCAGGCCCAACCUUUCAGAAUCAGGUCCAUAAUAAAACCAGCUGUGCCUCCA